AUGACUUCCAAAGAAGAACCCAAGCCCUCUUCGGGGGAAGAACGGCGGCGGAGCCCCUUGGAUCACCUCCCACCGCCGGCCAACUCCAACAAGCCCCUCACCCCCUUCAGCAUCGAGGACAUCCUCAACAAGCCCUCGGUGCGGAGGAGUUACACCCUCUGCGGAACGGCCCACCUCCUCUCCGCCGCCGAGAAGCACCCCCCGGCCGGGCUGCCCCUCUCCGGCCGGGCGCUGCUCUCCCAGACCUCGCCCCUCUGCGCCCUGGAAGAGCUGGCCAGCAAGACCUUCAAGGGGCUGGAAGUCAGCGUGCUGCAGGCGGCCGAAGGCCGAGACGGGAUGACCAUCUUCGGGCAGCGGCAAACGCCGAAGAAGCGUCGGAAGUCGCGGACGGCCUUCACCAACCACCAGAUCUACGAGCUAGAGAAGCGGUUCCUCUACCAAAAAUACCUGUCGCCGGCGGACCGGGACCAGAUCGCCCAGCAGCUGGGGCUCACCAACGCCCAGGUCAUCACCUGGUUCCAGAACCGCCGCGCCAAGCUCAAGAGAGACCUGGAGGAGAUGAAGGCCGACGUGGAAUCGGCCAAAAAGCUGGGCCCCAACCCCGCCGUGGACAUCGUGGCCUUGGCCGAGCUGGAGCCCAGCGCAGAGGGACGGGGCAAGGCGCGGCCCGGGUCCCCGCCGCCGCCCCCCGCCGCCGCCCGGGAGCCCGGCGCUCCGCAGCCGCCCCGCCCCGCCUCGCCCCCCACGGAGCGGCCCCGCAGCCGCCGGGACAGCGAGGAGGAGGAGGAAGAGGAGGAGGAGGACGUGGAGAUCGACGUGGAUGACUGA